ACCUUCUUUGCCCUCGCAAUCAGCUGUUGCGCGCGUUUAGACUUUAGAUAGUCAUCAGUCGUCUUCCAGUUUGGGCGGUGUGUGAUAGGUAGCAGUUGCGUUGCGUGUGUAACCUAUGGAACCGACCUUUCCCGGGCGGAGAAGUGCAGCUUGUUAGUGAGUGAUUUUCGGUUGAAUCGAUAUUUCCGGAUAGCAGUCAGCACGUCAGCACUAGCUAAGCAGUCAGUCAGUCUAGUAUAGUGUUGGGAGUGACCCGUGAACCCGGCAACAAUGUGCAUUUUAUUCAUCUACGUGAACAACAACGGGGAACCGGUUCCGGGCGAGUACCGAUUGGUACUGGCCUCCAACCGGGACGAGUACUACACGCGGCCAGCCAAGGAGGCCGCUCCCUGGGACGAGAGCCCGUUCGUGAUCGGAGGACGUGACAUGGAACCAGGCCGUGAGGGUGGAACCUGGUUGGCCAUCAGUGGACAAGAGGGGGUGGUCAAAAUUGGUGCCCUGUUGAACGUGACCGGCGAGAGUAAGGCGAACGUUACCUGCGGGCGGGGUCCCAUAGUGGCCAACUACCUGGUGGGGUCGCUGUCGAAUGAGGAAUACUCGAAACAGUUGCUGGCCAAUGACAAUUAUGGACCGUUCAAUUUGGUAUCAGUUCAAGUGGACGCCAGUGGAGAAAGUAGUAUUGGAGGAGGUGGUGUGUCAGUUCUACAUACCAGCAACAGUCCAUGCAAGAUCGAUCACUGCGAGUUGGAGGGACCGCUUGGGUUUGGAAAUAGUACACUGGAAGUGCCGCUGGAGAAGGUGAAACACGGACGGAAACAGUUCGGAGACAUUGUCGAUAAAAGACUGAAGGUGGAAUCGAAGGAGAAGCUCGUAGAUGAACUGAUGGGUCUACUGAGGAGCGAGGAAAAACACUUUCCGGAUAAAGAGUUGUCUCGUCGUGUACCGCAAUUCACGGAAAAGCUGGCCAGCAUCCACGUACGAUUCCCGGAAUCGGGCUACGGCAGCCGCACCCGAACCGUUAUCCUGAUCGACCACGAAAACCAUAUGGAUUUCAUCGAAGAAACAAUGGUUACAGCCGAUCCGGAUGGCGAGUGGAAACGAACCCACAUAGAGCGACAGUUUUAGAAGGGGAUUCCACAAGGGCUUUCGGACCAACCAGGACCAACCUCGUCGUAAAGAUAAUAUAUAGAAACUGUUUUAUUUACACUCGGAAUCAGCAUAUUCCCGUUCUGACUUGACCCAACAAACUCUACUUCAAUAGCCAGUAGAUAGCAACGAUUAAACUCAGUUACAACUUGAA